GGGGGGGGGGGUGGCAUGCAGGGGGUCGGGCGCAGCCCCCGGGCUGAGCUCGGUGCCAGCUCCACGCCGUCCUCCUCCUCCCUCCAGGAUGCUGUUCUCAACGCCUGUUACCGGGGCUGCCGGCUGUUCUCCAUCUGUCACUUCGUGGAUGCGAGCGCGGCGCUGAACACAACCAGAGCCGAGUGUGAAGCAGCGUGUGCCGAAGCCUACAGCAAGGUGCAGGAGCGGUUCGGCUGCAGGACCGGGUGCCGCAACCAGCUGCCGGAGGUGGAGAGCAGGAUGGACAAGAGCCCGGAGGUGAAGGCGCCGUCGUUCUCCGUGCUGGAUUUGGUCUCCACCUUCUGCAACGACAUCGUCAGCUCUGCCCAGAGCUUCAUCUCCUCCACCUGGACCUUCUACCUGCAGGCGGACGAUGGCAAAGUGGUGGUGUUCCAGUCCCAGCCCCAGAUGGAGUUCCCGCUGCCCGAGGUGCAGAUGACCCAGCCGGAGCGGCCAGGACCGGGGGCCAGCCCCCACGCCCCGCAGCCCCACGCAGGCCCCCGGCAGAAGGAGGAGAAGCACCCCCCCGGGAAGGAGCCGCGGGGCAAAGCCAAGCCCGCGGACGCGCCGCAGCUGGAGCACGACUUCCUGGGCUGCAUGGCCAAGCGGGGGGCGCUGGGGUGUUACAGGCGCUCGGGCCUUCCUCGCUGGAUCCUGGCCGCCUGCCUCUUCCUCUCCAUCAUGGUGAUGCUGUGGCUGAGCUGCGCCAGCUUGGUGACGGCCCCCGAGCAGCACGUCAAGACCCAGCCUCUGAGCAUCAACGGGGACAAGGAGUACCUGGAGGACCUGGACGGCCCCGGCGCCUUCCCCCUGCCACCCGUCAUCGCCGUCACCCUCUGCCCUGCGCACGGCGAGGACGCGGGGCCGCUGCCCCUCAAGGUCGACCUGGACAAGACCGUCCUGUAGCUCUCCUGCCCCUUCCCCGUCACCUCCCUGCCACCUCGCAGUCACCUUCCCCAUGCUGGUGUCCCCGGUCCCGCUCUUCUCCCCCGCAUCCCCAGCUCCCGGUGGGCUCUGCCUUCGUGGUGGGGGGGUCCUGGCUGGAUCCUGCCGUCACCCCCGGGGCCAGCCUGGAGCUUUUCCUCCUCCGUUAACGUUGCUGUGUGUUGGGCUCCUGGUUUCUGGAGCCAAGAGAGGGCUGCCAGCACGGGGAGGCCGGGGGGAGCCCGUCUGCUCCGGAGCAGAGCCCCCCGGGGCCCCCCAGACCUCUGGGCAUGGGUCCAGCGCUGGGCAGGAGGGAGCCGGCUGCGGUGGGGGAUGGAGCACGUCUGCAGCGCUCGGGGCUUUGGCUCGGCACAUCCCCGGCCUCCCACCUUGGGCUGAGCCUCCAAGGCGCCGGCUCCGGCCCUGGGAACUCCCUUCCGCCGGCCGGAGCCGAUUGCCUCGGGGAGCCGAAACGUGGCGAAUGGAUUUGGCGUUGGCAGCCGGAGAGAGCGGCGGAUCUGGCCGCCUCCGUGCCCACGCGAGGACCCAGCCGGCCCCUUGCAGGAGCUGCCGAGGGGCCCCGGGAUGGAUCCUUCCCCUCCC